UGAGAGUUGCACAGAGUGACGACUGCCUCGAAACCCUGGGUGCAGCGGUGAGCAGUGCCGGAGCAUGAGUUCCAAGCCAAAAUCCAUAGGGAUCAUCGGAGCUCCUUUCUCAAAGGGCCAGCCACGAGGAGGGGUGGAAGAAGGCCCUACGGUAUUGAGGAAGGCUGGUCUGCUUGAGAAACUUAAAGAACUAGAGUGUGAUGUGAAAGAUUAUGGGGCCCUGACCUUUGCUGAUGUCCCUAAUGACAGUCCCUUUCAAAUCGUGAAGAAUCCAAGGUCUGUGGGAAAAGCAAGUGAACAGCUGGCUGAUGUGGUGGCAGAAAUCAAGAGGAACGGAAGGACCAGUCUUGUACUGGGCGGAGACCACAGUUUGGCAGUUGGCAGCAUCUCUGGCCAUGCCAGGGUCCACCCAGAUCUCUGUGUCAUUUGGGUGGAUGCUCACACCGACAUCAACACUCCACUGACAACCACAACUGGGAACUUACAUGGACAACCUGUAUCUUUCCUUCUGAAGGAACUAAAGGGAAAGAUUCCCGAUGUCCCAGGAUUCUCCUGGGUGACUCCCUGCCUAUCUGCCAAAGAUAUUGUGUAUAUUGGCCUGAGAGACGUGGACCCUGGGGAACACUACAUUUUGAAAAUUCUGGGAAUUAAAUACUUUUCAAUGACUGAAGUGGAUAAACUGGGAAUUGGCAAGGUGAUGGAAGAAGCAUUCAGCUAUCUACUAGGAAGAAAGAAAAGGCCGAUUCAUUUGAGCUUUGAUGUUGAUGGACUGGACCCGUCUUUCACACCAGCUACUGGCACACCAGUCCAGGGAGGUCUGUCUUACAGAGAAGGUCUCUACAUCACAGAAGAAAUUUACAAAACAGGGCUACUGUCAGGAUUAGAUAUAAUGGAAGUGAAUCCAUCUCUGGGGAAGACACCAGAAGAAGUAACUCGGACAGUGAACACAGCAGUAGCAAUAACCUUGGCUUGCUUUGGAGCUGCUCGGGAGGGUAACCAUAAGCCUACUGAUUACCUUAACCCGCCUAAGUAAACAUGGAAGCGUCAUAUAAAAAUCUCACAGUUAAUGACAUAAUUAGCAAAUCGACUAGUUUAAACUUCUAGUUAUCCUCCCAAAGGUUUGGUCUUUCAGAAAAAUGUUUUGCCUUGGUAAAAGUUAGUACAAUUAGUAUAAACUGUAUCAAUUCCCUCUUGGUAUGAAAUUCAAGAUAUGGAAAUGCUAACUUUUGUGAAAUUAAAAAGCUUAUCUUCCCAUUUUGGCAAAAGCCUUAUCGUUAGAGAAAUACACAUUCAUUUCCAAAUAAAAAUAUGCUGGCAUUAAAAAUAAACACCUAUAUCAGCCCCCGUA